CGUGAAAUAAGAAAGUAUUUAUUUAGUCAUUAUGCUUUCAUUAUAAAUACACAACGUACUCUUACGUAACAGCUUCUUUCAAAACUCAAAUCUAGUCUCGCUUUUCGUUAAUUCGUUGCUGCUGACGUCACACGGCGAUGGCUUCAAUCUCUGAAACUUCCGGCGACGGCUCUAACGGCGGCAAUCCAAACAUGAAACCAGAAGAAGAACCCCACAAGAAAGAAGAAGAAGAGAAUCAAAACGAGGACGCGAAAGAAGAAGAUCAAGAAGACGAUCAAGAAGAUGAAGAAGUAGAGAAUCAUCCUCCGAUUCCUCGAGUAAUCCCACCAGAACUAAUCGAAAACACCAUCGCACUCAUCCGGAGAUGUCAUUACCCGUCGCUAUCUCUCCUCUCUAACGCCUUUCGUCAAGUAAUCUCUUCAGAGGAUCUCUUCCAAAUUCGCUCGCGCAUCGGUUUGACCGAACCGGUUCUUUAUACCUUGAUCACGUUCAAGUACCCAACUUUUGAAGAACCAAGAUGGUUCAUUCUCCAUCGGAGCAACAACUCCUUACAAUUGAACAGAGUUACUUCUCUUCCUCCCAUGUUUCUUGGAUGCACUGCCGUCACAAUGGGACACAAGAUUUACGUAAUGGGUGGUUAUAACCUCCGCUAUAAUCGAGCCGUAGGGACUAUGCUUGCCAUAGAUUGCAGAUUCAAUACGUCUCGACAGCUCCGGAGUAUGAAGAGGGAUCGUUGCUACGCAGUCGCUGGAGUGAUCGACGGAAGGAUUUACGUAGUCGGAGGACGCGAGAGACGAAUUAAUGAUUGGGUCGAAGUGUUCGAUGUAGAGACUGAGAGAUGGGCACUUGUGCCUGGUCCAUUCUCUCCCAUUGCUAGUUCUAGUGGAGAGUUUGUUACACAUGUGGUUUUGGAUAAUAAGAUUUACAUUAUAGAUGGUGAUUUUUGUUUUGCGUACGAUCCAAGACAACGUACAUGGCAGACUUGGGGACCUGAAAGUGUACAGAGGAGGUUUUGGCACGCGUCGUCUUGUGUGGUUGAUGAUUUGUUGUAUGCCACUGUUCCUCGGGAGAUUGUUGGAGUUCCAAUUGUCGUGUAUGAUCCAAGGGAAGUGGCUUGGAGACAUGUCAAGGGUUUAGAGUUUUGGCCUAAUCUCGUUUAUAUUGAGUCUAGAAUGACGAAUUUUGGUGGGAAGUUGGUGAUUUUGGGAUGUUAUCAAAGCCGGGAUAGUGUUGAUUAUAACGGGGAAAUAGAUGUUUGGUGCGUAGAGGUUGCAUUGGAAAAACGUGAAGAUGGUGAUAUUUGGGGGAAGGUCCAAUCACUCUCGCUUGUGAAUACAUUCCGCAAACCGCCUUUUUUUGAACUUUCUCGAACUGUUACGGUUUGAUGACUCGUUUGCAGUUGCAAGUUGCAGGUGAAGGAUCUUUUAUUACAUCUAUACUAUUUGAGCAGCUAGUUGGUAUCAGAGAAAAGUAACUCAGAAGCUGUUACAUCUUACACCUUGAAGCGUAACUCGUCCGAUGCUUCUUAACUUUUGUGCACAAUAUGAUGUGAAAACUCUUACAGAAUUAGCGUUGAGUAGAUUUCUAGCCUUGUCUAGAGUUGGCCACUCUUUUAGCCUUUUAUACAAAAAUUCUUAUGAGACUUGUUGAAAUGCAUCUUU